AUGAAAAAUUCGUUUAAUACUAUUACGUUGUUAUUAUGUCUUUUACAUUUUUCUAUCUCGAAGGAGAACGUUAAUAGAAAAGUAAAAAGUUCAAGAACUCAUAAUAAUAGUAAAUUUGGAAAAUAUCCAAGUGGAGGAUUAAUCUCUUUCGAUUCAGAUCAAGAGAAACUCAGUAUUGAUUGGACAGUAACUAUUCCCUUUAUUUCGAUACCUUUUGAACAUAAAAUAAGGGAGAACGGUGAAAUUCCGCCAUUGCUCAAUGUUAACACGAAAUCCCUUGGAAUCGUUGGAUUAAUUACCACUCUGUUUAGCGUAGCUUCUCCAUUAUUCUCAAAACCGCAUCCAGAAUUCAAUUACCGAUCAAUGGAUAAUGACCAAUGGUUAGAAAUGGGAAACACUAUCAACGAAAUGAUUUUUGGCAACAAUUACGUGGCUCCAUGUAUGCAACGUAUUGUUUGUUCGAUCGUUUCAGUGGCUACGCAUUCAGAGAAUCCAACUAGUGCGGACAAAAUAAUUGAUGGAUUAUCGAGUCAUAAUUGGUUCAAAGACAUCACAAAUGGUACAAUCAUUCAAGAUGCUGUGAUUACUGGACGGAAAGGAAAUCGUGAUUGUGCUUAUGUUUAUAAGAAGUGUUUAAUAACACCAAAAUUUCUAAAAACUAUUAUGAACGAAUUUGGAAUAGUAUAACGAUGUAAGAUAU